UAGUUACCUUCAAGUUUGUAUACACAAUGGGAUCUCAGGAUAUGAAGGAUUUCAAAAUAACAGGUAUUGUGGCUGCGCCAUUUACACCUUUCUCGGACGAUGGAGAAUUGGCCCUUGACAAGAUUGAUGCAUAUAUUGAUCAUCUUCUAGCAACUGGAGUUCAAAGUGUUUAUAUUUGUGGCACUACAGGAGAAGGUCCAUCGUUGACAAUUGAGGAAAGGAAGAAAGUUGCUGGAAAAUGGGUUAAAGCUGCAAAUGGGAGAUUCAAAGCAGUCAUUGUACAGGUUGGAUCUGGUAAUCUUAAGGAAGUUGAAGAAUUAGCCCGUCAUGCCGUUUCCAUUGGUGCAGAUGCAAUAUCUACUAUUCCUACAAUUUUUUUCAAGCCAGCUAAUCCAGGAGUUAUAGCUGAAUUUCUACAGCGAGUUAGCAAUGCGGCUCCCACAAUCCCUCUGUAUUACUACCACAACCCAACCAUGUCCGGUGUUAAUUUUUCCAUGGAGAGUAUCAUGAAAUUGUGCGGUGGGAUUAAGACUUUACGUGGCGCUAAGUUCACCUCCGCUAGUCUGUAUGAUUUAAGUCGUUGCAUUUGCACAUGCUCAGAUAACUUUCAAUUUCUGUACGCGGUGGAUGAGCAACUGCUGCCAUCACUUACUCUAGGAAUUAAAGGCUGUGUUGGCAGUACCUAUAACUAUUUGGGAAAUGUGGCAAAUAGAUUGAUUAAAGCAUAUGACAACGGUAAAAUGGACUUGGCCCGCAAGGAACAGUUUGUGAAUAUUGUGGGAAAAUAUGGAGGGAAUGUUGCCAUUAACAAAGUGGUUGCAAACUUGUCUGGACUGGAUCUUGGACCAUCUCGCCAUCCAUUGGUGCAGCCUACUGAAAACACCAUUAAACAGAUUAAGUCUGACUUAGAAAAUGUUGGUUUUUUUGAGUUUAUUAAGUAAUUUAAAAAGCAUGACUUAACCAAUUUAAUCGGGAAAAAAAUUAUUUGAUAUCGCAUUGCACAAACAGUAGCAUGUUUAACCAAAUCAGAGAAAUGCUAUCCUUAAAUUUAAAUACAUAUUUUAAUAUUUAUUAAGAUAAUAUACUGCCUGUCUUGAGGUAGAUAUUAGCUUUCAAAUAGAAAUUAAACUGAGAUGUACAGGUCAUCCUCUAAUUCAAGAACACUCUAAUUAAAACCACCUCCAUUUAAAGACCACUUUUAUGUGGUCUUUUAUCUUUAUUAUUCUAAUUAGAGACAAAAGCUGCUAAAGACCAUGGAAACCCUGGUCCCAAAAGUGGUCCUUAUUUGGAGGGAGACCUGUAUUUUCCUCACCAAUUCAAUGAUGAAUAAAUACUAAUUCCCAUUCUUUGGGUAGACCUUUUAAAAAUAUGCUUUUUGCCAAAAAAAAAGAAUCAGAAAUAAAAAUUAGAUCAUUUAAGAGAAACAAAUACAAAUCUAAAUAACUUCCAAGCAAAAAAAAAAAAGAUUUUAAAAAAUUAGUUGAUUUUUUUAUUUUAUUUACUGAAGUUUUUCUGCAAAACCUUUAAAUUUAUUGCCAGUUUAAGAGUUAAUGCAAAGGUUAAUGUGGUGGUUUUUCAAUAUUUUUCAUGCCUGUGUAUAUAAAUUACUAUAUAAAAUAACAUUUUUUUAAAUUUAUAAGCCUAGAUGUAAACAGGAAAUAGAACGAUUUCCAAUACGAAUAUUUUGCGAGAAUACUUGCACUAGCGUUUGUUAAUCGCCCAGUCUUGACAUCUCACUAAUUACGCCACGGAUUAACGUACACCCAGUGUUAGAUAUAUAGCGGCAGUUUGGCGCAGCGGUUGAUGUUUGGGCUUUCAAUCAUAAGGUCAGAGUUUAGAGUCUCCGCUGUGCAGAUUCGCUUGUGUCCUUGGGCAAGGCAGUUUAGCUACAUUGCUAGUCCACUAGCUGUAUCAAUGGGUACCAGCAAACUGCUGGGAACUAACCUACGACAGACUAGUUUCCCGUCCAGGGGGAGUACAACUCUCAUCCCCUUCACACUACAAAAACUGGGGAUAAGCUCCAGCCCUAUGAGCCCCAGUGGCUCGGAAAGGAUUUAGUAGUUUAGUUAGUGUUAGAUAUGCUUGACAUAUCUCUCAGGUCUGAACAUAGCCAAAAUAAGCAUAGAUGUAAACAGGAAAUAAAACGUACGAAUACGAA